UACCUGCCAUUUUGAUAACAAUUCAAGUCUUAAAAUUUUAUAUUGUAUAAGAAACAAUGUCUGAUAUCGAACAGCAAAAGCAGCAGCCGUCAGUGGUCUUUACGCCUCGACGUCGACGUCAUGUGGGCGGACGACGAGGUUGUCCCACUUCAACUCAAGAAGAGCACAAGCCUUCUACAUCAUCAUCAUCAACAUCGUCUUCGUUGUCAUCGUCACCAUUAUCGCAUGCGCCAUCAAUUGUUUGCCCCAUGAGCCUUGGCAUUGAGGACAACUGGACAUGGAGUAAACGCUAUCGUUCCAAAGAGGUUGUCAUUAACGGACCCACAGUGCAUUUUCAUCCCAAUUGGAGCAAGGGCACAGCCGGUGUUCAAGGCAAGCGACCAUUGAAUUACGGACGUCACUACUGGGAGCUUCAUGUGUCGCAGCGUGUCUUUGGUACAUCGAUAAUGUUUGGCAUUGGCACACGAUCGGCAAGGCUUCAUGUCAAUGCUUUUCGUAAUAUGCUUGGCGAGAAUGAACAUGGCUGGGGUCUCUCCCAUAAAGGUGUUCUCUGGCACAAGGGUGUAGCUUUGCGGUAUACUAAAAGAUUUCGUGAAAAUCAUCCCACCCAGAUUGGUAUACUCUUUGAUGGUGUCGAAGGAACACUUACCUACUAUAAGGAUGGCAGGUGUCUGGGUGUGGCCUUUAGGGGCUUAGAUCAGGUUAAAGAGCCGCUCUACCCAAUUGUUUGUUCAACAGCGGCUAAAACCGAGAUGACCCUUAAGUCAACACGUCGUGAAUUUGUCAAUCUGCAGGAUCGUUGUCGUGCCGUCAUAAUGCGUAGAAUACGAAACUUGGAUCAAUUGGAUAAAUUGAAGCUACCUCUACCAAUUAGUGACUAUCUUAGUGAAGUUAUCGAUGAUAUGGAACCACUGCGUCAGGUGAGUGACUUGGAAAUGUACAUUUUGAAUUACGAUUUAUAAGCAAGUUGAAAAGGCAAAACAAAAAGAAAACCCGUGAAACGUUUAUUGUGCCAUGCCGUGGAAAAAGAAAUCAAGCAAAAUUUUGAAAUUAAUUGUAAUUGUAAAUUGUCAAAUUGUGUGGUUUAUAUUUGUAAAGACACACACAAGACUAUUGUGCAACGCCUCUGGUA